AUGGCGGCAACGGCAGAAGCAAAUACGGCCGCUACGUCGGCGUCUAGUGUCGUGAAUAUAGCUUCUUCAUCUACGCUACCACAUGCAUCUUCUUUGCCAGACGCCGACGUUUCUUCUGAUGUAGUUCUCACUGCAAAAGUCCCCGUCAUUUCCACGGACGACUCGGAAAUAACGACGGCCGAAUUUUCCAUCGACUUGACUGAUAGUCAGACGUGGGCGAUUAAUUUUUAUGAAUGCGCAGCUGAGGGCGAUCUAGAGUGUCUCGAGGAGAUUUUGGACAGUGGCCUUGUAAGUGUCAACGACGUGGACGUGGACGGAUUUACGGCCCUUAUGGUCGCUGCAGCUGAAGGCCAUCGUAAUGUCGUGCACGCACUCUUACGACGUGGUGCUGACGUUAAUAUUCGCACUUAUGAGCUUCAUUCUACUGCUCUUCACUUUGCUGCAAAGAAUGGAGAUCCAGAGAUUGUUAAUGCUCUUUGUGAGUGUGAUACAAAGAUUGUGGAUUGCUGGAACAUUAAUGCCGAUACACCAUUGAUUUGGGCGUGUAUUGAAGGUCGAGCGGAAGCUGUCAAGGUCUUACUGACACAUGGAGCAGAUGUUAAUGUACUGAAUCAAUACGGUGCAUCGACGUUACUAUGCGCCGUGAUGAUUGGAGAAGACCCGGAAGAAGACAAAAAAAAUGACAAACAACGAGCUGAAAUUCUAACCAUGUUGUUGGAAAAGAAUGAGAAGCUCGUGAACUUUCAGGACCGGGAAGGAAGCUCGGCAAUGCAUAUGGCUGCAUCGUGUGGAUACUUGGAAUGUGUAAAGACGCUGCUUGCAUUUGGUGCCGAGAUUACACUGCGAAAUGUAAUUGGACAGACACCAUUGGAAGAAGCACAGGAAUCAGAGCUGCGCGAAAGCGGCCCGUGUGUGGAACACUUGCGUGGCCUAUGGCGGCAACUUGAAGAGGAGGCAGCAGCUCGUAUGAUGGCGAUGCUAGAAAUGGAGGAAAAGUCGGACAAGAGUGCAAGUAGUGGGGCGAGUGGACUAACUGUUGCUGCGAGCAGUAAGAAGAACAAGAAGAAAAACAAAAAAGCCAAACGAAAGACGGCAGCUAAGCAGCACCAGCAAGUACGACAAGAGGAUGAAGUAGACCUGACAGAGAUAAAAGAUAACGUGACGGAUCAGAGAGGAAAUCGUGACAGUAAUGGUAAGCCUACUGAGACAGAGCCUGUGUUCGAAGAGUCUACUGCGAAAAGUGAUCACGACAUCACGUCGAUUAGUGGCAGUGGUGUCAAAGCGAAAGACGAUAAAGCAAGUUCUACGAGCUCUGAUGAGGAUGCACUAGGCAGAGACUCAGUUGUGUCCUUAAGCAAGGACAGUGAUGAUGAGUACGAAGGACACAGUUUAAAAGAUGAAGUGAGGCAAUCAUCCGGUACCACGGAUGACAAAUAUACUCAACAAGUGGAAACAGAAAUUACGCCGUCGACUGGUGCGUGGACUACCGUCGGCAAGAAACACCGAUCUGCCAUUGCAGCCGUCACGACCACUAUAGUAAGAACUCCAACAAGUCCAUUGAAUGAGAAGACUCCGCUAUUGAGUACCCCAAGACGAAAGAUUGCAACAACUUUUCCAAAAACAGCUCCGCAUGCGUCUCGACGGAAGUUAAAUCAGCGAUCAUGUAAUGUUCAGGAACAAAGCUCGAUCAGUGGGAAGACACCAUUAGCUUUAGCAGCAUCUGCCAUAAAGCAAGUGGGUGCUGUUGCAGACACACCAGUCAGAACUCAAGAGAGACGAUGGGGAAAGACGAGUGGUUUCUCAUCCGAGUCUCGGUCAGCCCCGUCGUCGUCGUUGCUGAGCUCCAACGCUCUGGCUUUCGGAUCGCUCGGGUUGACAACCGGAUUAAUUGAAAAGUCAAGCGUGUCGUCUUCAGCGGCUUUUAGUCCAAGCAGGCUUCCAAUCUCGUCUGCGUCACCAUGGCGACCAUCCUUUUAUGGUACUUCGUCUGCUUCAUAUACAGCAGCUUCGUCGUUAUCAUCAGCAGGUUUACAUUACACAUCAGCCGGGCGUUUAACAUGGAAACAGCAGCGUGCCAGUGGUAAUUACCAAGUCGCACGUGAGACCCGCGAUCGAUGGGUUAGCAAAUUGCGAGUCAGUAAUGAAAGCGUCGCUGAGACUCUGAGUUACCUGGCUUGCGGUCUAUGCGGUGAACUUGUGAAUGAUAAUUUGCAAUGCAGUGGUGAUGUGUCCAGAAAUUCUGACGAGAAGACCUCCUCGGCAUGUACACAAUUGUACUGUGCAUCCUGUCUCGAGUCGUCGGCAUUCCGGGCAGCUAAUUCGACCCUGUUUAAGUGCAUCCGAUGUCAUGAAGUGAUAUCGAAAGAGUCCAUGACUUGCAAUAGCUUUGCGCAGGCCCAAGCCGCAUCGCUGGGCCUCUCCAUGCCAAACUCGGCGAGUGGUAGGACUCAAGACGAUGCAAGUCGCUACAGCUUGGAGGCUAUGCAGUAUAUGCUGGAGGUCUCGGAUCAACGGAUCUCUGCUGUAGAUCUGCAUGCAUUCCAUUUAGUUCCAGGGUCAGAUCUCUCUACGCUGAGCAACGGCCAGCUCGAGGUGCUAGAAACUGCCCACCAACGUGGUCUUGUCCAAAUCGUUGAGCAGCGGCUCGCAAAUGCGCGUGCACUCGAGCGUUUACAGAUGGAAGAAUGGCUGAAGAUGCAGCGGGAUGUACUGCAGUUUGCUCCGCGGUGA